UGGUUAAAGUUAGACCAAACAGUUCGUUCUUGGCUGUUUGCUACUUUAUCCCGUGAUAUACUUGUUGAAGUUCAUACUCUUCAAAAUUCUGCUACCAUCUGGGAACGACUGAAAUCUAGAUUUAUGGCUGCCAGCAUGGCUCGUUCUAUGGAAUUAAAACGCAUGUUCAAUAAUACUAAAAAGAAGGAAAAUCAAACCAUGGAGCAAUACAUGCGUGAAAUUCAGAAAAUUACUGAUGCCCUUGCCACGAUUAAUUCACCGGUCUCCCUGAAAGAUAUAAUUGAGCAAACACUUCUCGGUCUUGGUCCUGAUUAUGAGUCUAUAAUUACCACAUUAACUUCUAUUCCGGAGGGACUCACUUUUGAUAAACUACGGAGAUGGCUGGUUGAGCAAGAGCAACACAUUCUUUAUCUUUGCUCCCAGGAGGCGUCAUCGCCCGCUGCUUUUGUUGCUCAGCCCGCGGCCUCGGCAUCUCCUGGACAUGAUCCGAGAGGUGGCAAUCAGUAUAAUCAGGGACGAGGACAACGUGGUCAGCGUGGCAGAGGCACCCGCGGCCGAGGACGGGGAUACGGCCAGCAGCACCAGCCGAAAUACGUGGCUCCCGGGUACGGCCAGCAGACUGGCUACUACCAGCCACGGCCUGGACAGCAGCCCCAUGGGGGGUAUUUUCAGCCGCAAGCCUAUCAUCCGCCAGCUCCUCCUCAUGGACGUCCAGGCUCACCUUUAGUUGAUGGACAAUUUGGUUCCAUUCCCUCGCCAGUUGUUUGUCAUAUUUGCUAUUCACCAGGUCAUUCUGCUACUUCCUGUCCGUCUCGUUUUUCCCAGUCGUCUGCUCCUGCUCUUGCUGCACCCAUGGAUGAUACUAAUGACGUUGUCUAGUUCCCAGACUCCGGUGCUUCCGUGCAUAUGACUCCUUAGGAAGGACAAAACCACGGGGGCAACUCUUCUUCAGGCUUCCAGUAGUGGAUCCGGUCUCUACCCCAUUCGCCUAUCUCCUCCACCACCUUUGGCUUUAGUCUCUAGCGCGGCGCCUGGACCAUUGUGGCAUCGUCGCUUGGGACAUUGUGGCAGUAGAAUUUUAGAUGGUCUUAAGAAGUCGGGUCAACUAUGUAGUUUGUCUUCUUUUAAUCGUGAUUGUUCGUCGUGUCGUUUGGGUAAAUCUCAGAGAUUACCAUUUCAGGAUGUUUUUCAUAGUGCUAGUAAACCUUUAUUUUUAAUACAUUCAGAUGUUUG